GGCGUGGAUGACGCUGUGAGGCGCGUGGACGCACGCGAACAUCCGAGGAAUGCGACCGUCUCCCGUGGACGAAAGACACAGGCUGUUCCUGGGCGAGCGAGGUGAAGUGAUGGCAGAGCCGGCAGGCAGAGCGCAUGAGUGCACCACGUCCACUGCUGCGUGAAAACCACUGGAGAGCAAAGUGUGGAGACCAAGAAUGGAUUUUGCCAACUACACAGAGGGCGUGUUCGCGACAAGCACCGGUGGUUACGAGGCAGCGGAGACCGCCAAGCACCCUCCCAAGAAGAUCCUUCUCUCAGUCACGCUCUCUGUCCUGGCCGUGGUCACCACGUUCCUCAACUGCUUGGUGAUCACCGCCAUCGCUGUCACGCGCAAGCUGCAUCACCCGGCCAACUACCUCAUCUGCUCCUUGGCGGUGACGGACCUUCUGGUGGCCGUGCUGGUCAUGCCCUUCAGCAUUGUCUACAUCCAGAAGGAAAGCUGGCUGAUGGGCCAGGCGCUGUGCACCCUCUGGUUGAGCGUGGACAUCACAUGCUGCACCUGCUCCAUCCUCCACUUGGCCGCCAUUGCCAUAGACCGCUACCGGGCCAUCACCGACGCGGUGGAGUACUCGCGCAAACGCACAGGGGCCCGAGCGGGGGCAAUGGUGGCGGUGGUGUGGCUCUUGUCCAUCCUCAUCUCGCUUCCUCCUCUCCUGUGGCGCCACUACAGCGGGGAUGCAGAAGAGAAGGACCAGUGCAUCAUCCUCCACCAUCACAUGGCCUUCACCCUCUACUCCACCUUCGGGGCCUUCUACAUCCCGCUCCUGCUCAUCCUCAUCCUCUACUAUAAGAUCUACCGGGCGGCUCAAACUCUGUACAUGCGCCGGGAGGCCAGCAGGGCAAGCCGCCAGUCCUGCAUGACCAACGGCAGCAUGAUCCCGUCGUCCUACCCCGCCGCAGAUAUGGACACAGGGCCUCAGAGCCCGGAGCCCGUCAGCCCGCAAGAUAAAUCUUUCUCCGACCCUUCCACCGAAGAGCCCCCGCGUGAACGGGCGCGGAUUUCGGUGAAGAAGUUCCACUGCAAGUCCCGCCGGCACGAAUCUCGCAGUGAGUCACGGCGGAGCCAGCUCUCCCAAGGACCGCGGAUCUCGGGCUCACGGGAACGCAAGGCCGCCUCCACGCUGGGCUUGAUCAUCGGCGCUUUUGUCAUCUGCUGGUUGCCCUUUUUCGUCCAGGAGGUGAUCGUCAACACGUGUGGCUCGUGCAGCACGUCGGUGGAGACGGCGAACUUCCUCACGUGGCUGGGCUACCUCAACUCGCUCAUCAACCCGCUCAUCUACACCAUCUUUAACGAGGACUUCAAGAAGGCCUUCCAGAGACUCGUUCGAUGCAGCAGUUACCUCUGACGCUGACCGCUUGGUACAAAUUAGCGAUCAAAGCAAAGGAAAGAGUCAGACUUGCCUGAAUAGAAGAAAACCAACCUCUCCCGAGUGGAAAAUGGGAGACACGUUUUCAGAGGCACUCGACGAGGCACUUGAGUAUCUUCACUGCAGCAGCAGAGAAAUGUCCACUUUGCAUUUCCUGUUAUGAUUACCCGAGCCUGAGAGCUCAUUGGGGGUCUCUCAAGAUGGACCAUUGUUUACCUUUUCCAUGACCGGUUUUUGAGCGGUGGUCGUCCUUUAGAGAUCAGAAAUAUUUCCCCCAUUUUGUCCAAGCGGCUGACGGGAACAAUGAAUGUCAAAAAUGUGUGGAGGGAUGUUUAUCUAAAGCAGGGAUGUCCAAAGUGCAGCCUGCAGCCCAUGUUUUUCGAAAAACACCUCCCAGAUUAGAACUUUGCACAAAAAAAUCAAGCUGGCCCCAUUGCCCCUAAAAUUAGGACUACGAAACCAAAAUGGCCGACGACCGGACAUAUUCAACUGAAGUAAACUUGGGAGUCAAACAUUUUUGCAGCAACUUACUAAAAAGACCAGAGUGCUCCUGUUGUGUAGAAGAAUUUAGACCACCACAUUAGCGGACUUUUGAACCUUGCUGGCAAACUUAGCACACUGGGGUUCAAACUUGUGAUUUACAUGACUGAGGCGUUCCUCAAGGCACCCCUUUAAAUCCUCUCCUUUUUCCAUAAUGUAAUUUAUGUCAGUAAGGUGUUGAUAUACAUUUACUUAACAUGCAGUCAUUUGUUCAACUUCUUUACUUUUCCUAGUGGUGUUCCUCAAGGUUCCACCUUAGAUCCACUCUUGAUCAUCAUUUGGACUAUACAACUGGUGGUGUUCCUCAAGGUUCCACCUUAGAUCCUCUCUUGAUCAUCAUUUGGACUAUACAACUGGUGGUGUUCCUCAAGGUUCCAACAUAGGUCCGCUCGUGUUCAUUAUUUGAAUAAUUCAACUGGUGGCGUUUCUCAAGGUUCCACCUUAGGUCCUCUCUUGUUCAUAAAUGGACUAUUCAACUGGUGGUGUUCCUCAAGGUUCAGCCUUAGGUCCUCUCUUGUUCAUCAUUUGGACUAUUCACCUGGUGGUGUUCCUCAAAGUUCCACCUUAGGUCCUCUCUUGUUCAUCAUUUGGAAUAUUUGACUGGUGGUGUUCCUCAAGGUUCCACCGUUGGUCCUCUCCUGUUCAUCAUUUGGACUAUUCGA